AUGGCAACGGUCGGUCAUUUUCGGUUUAGCCGACCGGCUAAGCCGCGGCUAUCUCAUGAUCCAGUGAUCCAAAUUGGAUGUACUAAAAUUAUCCAAUUUGGAGUACUGGAUCGCAAGAUACAACUAACGGCUACAAAACGGCUAACCGAAAAUGACCGACCGUGGCCAUCCCUAAGUCGUAAACAUAAAGUUAAGUUUACGAAUGUUAUAUAUUAUGGUACUAAUGAUUCCUGA